AGAACAUCUCCACACAUUUUGUCACUUUGCUCUAGUGUCAGAUCAGAUUGACAGUGAUUUAAAGAGAGAGAGAGAGAGAAGGGUAUUUUCAUGCAUUUCUCUGUCUUGAAGAGCCCAAACCCAUGCAUUCCAAGUAGAGUAUCUAACGAAUCCAACUUGCCGAGAGAGAAGAAGUCACGGUCCUCCAGGAUCCUCUAUCAGGACCCGUCAGUCUCAAUCUCCCAAUGGCCUACUCAGCCCUAGAUAUGGACAGCACAACAGGAUUCGCCCUGACCCCUGUCAAUCACAACCACACCAACAGCAGCUGUUCCCGUGACAACGUUCUGAAGACUGUGGUGUUUCCUGUUCUCUACUCCCUCCUCUUCCUGUUGGGCCUGUCCCUCAACGGCCUGGCAGUGUGGGUGUUCUUCAGCAUCCCCAGCCACUCCCACUUCAUCAUCUACCUCAAGAACAUUGUGGUGGCCGAUGUCCUCAUGACCCUCACCUUCCCCUUCAAGGUGCUGUCUGACUCCAACAUGGCGUCCGUGGGUCUGCGUGUCUUCGUCUGUCGUGUCUCCUCUGUGCUCUUCUAUCUCACCAUGUACAUCAGCAUCCUCUUCUUUGGCCUCAUCAGCAUCGACCGCUGCAGGAAGACCCUCCAGCCUUUCAAGGGGACCAACGCGGCUCGUCUGUCCCACAGGAAACUGCUCUCUGGGGUUAUCUGGUGCUCCCUGCUGGCCCUCUCCUUGCCCAACAUGGUCCUGACCAGCCGCAGCCCCACCUCAGUCUACUUUAAGUGCAGUGAUCUGAAGACGGCGGCUGGGCUGCAUUGGCAUGAGGUGGUCAACCAUGUGUGCCAGGUCAUCUUCUGGGGCAACCUGGUGACGGUGAUAGUGUGUUAUGCCCUCAUCACCAAAGAGCUGUACAGUUCCUAUGCCCGCGCCAACGCUUACCGUGCUGGUGGAGCCAGCAGAGCAGGUACUGGUAAAGGGCAGCGCCAGCCCCGGAGAAAGACUGUGAGUUCAAACGUCUUCCUGGUGCUGGCUGUGUUCUUUGUGUGCUUCGUGCCGUUCCACUUCUCCCGCGUGCCGUACACCAUGAGCCAGACCCGGGGACGCAUGUUUGACUGUAACCUCAAGCUGUUCUUCUUCCAGUUAAAGGAGAGUACACUCUGGCUGUCCUCCCUCAACUCCCUCCUGGACCCUCUCAUCUACUUCUUCCUCUGUAAGUCCUUCAGGACCACCCUGUUCAAGACGCUCCGUCUCCCACCUGGGACCUGUAGCUGGCUCACUGGGAGAGGGCCGGACCCCAACACAGGCAGUACCCCUCUGGGAGACUCCUCUGCUUGUCUGUAGCGAACUAAAGCUCUCUUCUGAAGGACUUCCAUGUAUUGUGGUCUGAUGAAUGUUUCACAGAGGAUCAUACUGCCCUCUACUGGAAGGCUGACGGAAACAUCAACUGUGUGUUGAUUGUAGCUCUGUCUGGGCAAUGGAAAGAGUAGAGUAGGAAACUCUGCACAGACCAGUGAUAAUUACAAUAAUAUGCAAACCAGUCUGUAACACCAGUCUGUAACACCAGUCUGUAACACCAGUCUGUAACACCAGUCUGUAACAUUUUGUAUAAUGUCAUAACCCCCUCUAAACGUCACCAUAACCUCAUGCCAAAGGAAAUCACCUAAUCAACAUGUCUGUCUCAUAACAGCUAAGGUCCCGAUACCGGCAUUCUGCUUUGACCUCGUUAUUUUUUAGGCUUCAGGAACUGAAAUAAGAGAUAUGUAAUUAUGUGUAACCAUGGCACAACACGUAUGCCUAUAAUGGACAGCAAAACGUUCUAUACUACAUAAACUUGUGAAAUCUAAA